AUGGAAAAGUACACAAAUUGGAGAGACAAUGGCACAGGAAUAGCUCCAUUUCUACCAAACACAAUCAUCAAACCCAGUAGGAUGAUGACGGCGUGUUCGUUGGUCAUCUUGAUAUUGAAGACUAUUAUAAUGCUACCAUUGAUUAUCUUUUAUCUUUCAACUGGCCAGAACAGCAUACUGGGUUUGAUAUUGAAGUUUAUGUUCAGCUGGAAGGAGGAAGUUAGCGUACAGGGAACCAAGAAACGUGACGUAAAAAAAUCCAAGGAUUACCCACAGAAAGGCAAGCUUUACAUUUGCAAUUGCUCCUCACCUUUGGAUGCAUUUUCAGCAGUAUUAUUGGCUCAGGGACCUGUUUCAUUGCUGGUGCCCUGCAAUGAUAUUAUAUAUAAAGUUUCUAUAAAAGAAUUCAUUAAAUUCAUUCUUGACGGUGGGUUAGACAUCAAGUUGUAUGGUCACGAGAUAGCAGAGUUGUCUCAAUUGAGCAACACUGUAAAUUUUAUGUUUGCCGAGGGGACCUCAUGUAAUGGUAAAAGCGUUUUGCCCUUUAGUAUAACCGGAAAAAAAUUAAAACAAUUCAUCGACCCUUCACUGGCUACCAUGAAUCCUGUGAUGGCCCAAAGCAGAAAAUUCGAGCUGCAGACCAUCCAAAUCAAAACUAAUAAAACCGCCAUCACCACACUGCCCAUCUCCAGUAUGGAAUACCUAUCGAGACUUUUAAACAAGGGCAUUCAUGUUAAAUGCAAAAUCAAUGAGCAACAAGUGAUCUCAGACGAUCUACAGGAAUUGCGUAUUGCGCUAAAUGGCGGAGACAGAUAUAAACUAGUUUCGAGAAAACUAAAUGUUGAAGCCAAGAAGAAUUUCGUGAAACAGUUUUCCAAUGAUCAACGCAAAAAGAGAGACUGA